AUGGCUGGUUUGGAUUUGAGCCUCUUACUCAUGUUGUCUGUGCUGGCAGAGGUCAGAGAAGUUUCUCUGGCACAGUUCAGCCACCAAGGAGCCAUGGGCCCUGGAAACAUCAUCAUUGGAGGUCUUUUUCCCAUCCAUGAGGCAGCGAACUACACUGGCUCAAACAGCUUCUCUUCUCCUCAGCGUCCAAACUGCAGCAGAUAUUACACAAAAGGUCUAAAUCAGGCUCUAGCUAUGAUUCAUGCUGUGGAAAUGGCAAACCGAUCCCCCAUGUUGAGCAGUUUGAACUUAACUCUCGGAUAUCGCAUCUAUGACACAUGUUCUGAUGUCACGACUGCGCUUUGGGCCGUCCAAGAUCUCACACGGCCGUACUCAGACUGUGAUUCACCAACAAACUCUUCUCAACCUGUCCAGCCAAUAAUGGCAGUAAUUGGGACCUCUUCUUCUGAGGUCUCCAUCGCAAUUGCCAGGGAACUCAACCUUCUGCUGAUUCCACAGAUAAGUUAUGCAUCUACAGCUAUGAUUCUAAGUGACAAAAGUCGUUUUCCUGCUUUCAUGAGGACUGUCCCAAAUGAUGAGUACCAAACCCAUGCCAUGGUACAACUUCUGAAGGACAAUAAAUGGACCUGGGUUGGCAUUAUCAUUACAGAUGGAGACUAUGGGCGCUCUGCCAUGGAAAGUUUUGUUAAGCACACCGAAAGCGAGGGAAUUUGUGUGGCCUUUAAGGCGAUCCUACCCGACUCACUAACAGACCAACAAAAAUUAAACACCCACAUCAACAAGACUGUGGACACCAUUGAAAAAAAUACUAAGGUUAAUGUGCUGGUCUCAUUUGCUAAGUCAUCUCAAAUGAAGUUGCUAUUCCAGGGCCUGCGUAGUAGGAACGUUCCAAAUAAUAAAGUAUGGGUGGCCAGUGAUAACUGGUCAACCGCUAAAAAUAUUCUAAAAGACGUAAACCUCUCAGAUAUCGGAAAUAUACUGGGCUUCACCUUCAAGAGUGGAAAUGUUACAGCUUUUCAUCAAUACCUUAAGGAUCUAAAGUUUGAAAGGGAAGCUAAGAUGAACAAUUCAUUCCUGGAGGAAUUUUUAAAACUGCCUGAUAUAGGAAAUGCUGCAAACGCAGUACAGAAACUGAUUAAAAACACAUAUUUAGACAUAGUCUUCAGCGUUCAGAUGGCCAUCAGUGCUAUUUCUAAUGCUGUGGUUGAACUAUGUGUAAAAAGACAAUGCAAGACCCCUUCAGCUAUCCAACCCUGGGAGCUCUUAAAACAGCUGAGGGCCGUCACUUUUGAGAAAGAGGGAGUCAUGUACAAUUUUGACACUAAUGGCGACAUUAAUUUGGGCUAUGAUGUCUGCCUAUGGGAUGAAUUUGAAGGACAUGACAUAAUAGCAGAAUAUUAUCCAUCUAACAGCAGUUUCACUUUUACAAGGAAGAAUCUAAGUGAUAUUGAGAAUGUGGUAUCUAAGUGUUCAGACAGCUGUCAUCCAGGGGAGUACAAAAAAACAGCAGAGGGUCAGCACACUUGCUGUUAUGCGUGUCUUGCCUGCGCCGAAAACCAAUACUCCAACCACACAGAUGCAGACGCUUGUUCCAAGUGCGACACUGAGAGCAUGUGGUCAAACGCUAAUAGCUCAGAAUGUCAUCCCAAGCUUUAUGAGUACUUUGAGUGGAAUAGUGGGUUCGCUAUCGUCCUGUUGACGCUGGCUGCCCUCGGCAUCCUACUCCUCUUCUCAAUGUCCGUACUGUUCUUCUGGCAAAGGAACUCUCUGGUGGUUAAGGCUGCAGGUGGACCACUUUGUCAUCUGAUCCUUUUCUCCCUGCUGGGCAGUUUUAUCAGUGUCAUUUUCUUUGUGGGUGAACCGAGCAAUGAGACGUGUAGGGUGAGGCAGGUCAUCUUUGGCCUGAGCUUCACGCUGUGUGUUUCAUGUAUCUUAGUGAAGUCCUUGAAGAUCCUUCUGGCGUUCCAGAUGAACCUAGAGCUGAAGGAGCUUCUUCGCAAGCUCUACAAGCCGUAUGUGAUCGUUUGCAUCUGCACGGGGCUUCAGGUCACCAUUUGCGUUCUUUGGCUGACCUUGAACAGGCCUUUUAAAGGCAAAGUGGUGCAGCCAAAAUCCAUUCUCCUGGAAUGCAAAGAGGGUUCAAGUGUGAUGUUUGGGUUAAUGCUGGGUUACAUAGCUUUGCUGGCACUUAUAUGUUUCACAUUUGCUUAUAAAGGCAGGAAACUUCCGCAGAAGUAUAACGAAGCAAAGUUCAUCACAUUUGGUAUGCUCAUCUACCUCAUGGCCUGGGUCAUUUUUAUCCCAGUGCAUGUCACCACCAGUGGCAAAUAUGUACCGGCUGUGGAGGUGGUUGUCAUUCUCAUUUCAAACUACGGGAUCCUGAGCUGCCACUUUUUGCCAAAAUGUUACAUAAUUAUUUUCAAGAAGGAGUAUAAUACCAAAGAUGCAUUCUUGAACAAUGUUUAUGAAUACGCCAGAAAGAGCGCUGAGAACAUCAGGGGCUUGACUGGAACUGAUCCACACAGUAAAACUGAGAAUUCAGUCUACGUCAUAUCCAAUCCGUCACUUGUGCCUGAGGAGAAACAAGUUUCUGUACCAAAAAUAGAUAAUGUGCCUUAA